GAACUUAUCUUGUUGUUUGUUUGAAAUCCUUAAUUAUAUCGAUUAUUGUAAUCCUUUGUAAUUUCUGUCAUGAACUCAACUACUCAAUAAAAAAAAUCCGAAUAAAGAAAUUUCUGUUAUUGUAGAAUGAGUCAAGAAUCUUCCCACGGACAAGGCAACAAUGAACACGUCAGUGUUCAUACCGAAGCAUCUAGCUUCAUUCCUCCUGUCCCCAACGAACUUGUCAACCAACAAAACAUCGAAAAUAACCCAAACGCUGGUGGUCAAAACGACCUUGUGAUUUCUGCAGCUCUGGCUAAUGUUUUACAACAAAUAGCUAAUGCUCCUAUGUUUCAACCACCUCCACCGCCACCGCCUCGUGUGGUAACAUACAAAACAUUAAGGGAUAAGGGCGCGGAAAUAUUUCUUGGGGACCGCAUCGCCGAACCCCAAGUUGCGUGGGAUUGGAUCGAGCAGACCGCUCGAGUGUUGGAAGAUCUUAAUGUACCCAUCGGCAACUAUCCCAGACUAGCUUCUCAACUGCUCUGCAAUGAAGCCUACGAAUGGUGGAAGAGAACAGAUGAAAGCACGGAAACCCUGAAACUGUGGACUUGGGCGCAUUUUGAAUGGGCAUUCAAGCAAGAAUAUAUUCCGAAACGUUUUAGCGAAGAAAGACCAGCUUACGAUCUAAUGGCCAAAGCAGACAAUUACUUGAGUGCUUGUAAUGAAUAUUUGAAGAUGAAUAAUGUCACUUCAAGUACUCAUCAACCCGCAAGUUCUGUUUCGAAAGGAAAAAGGCCUUUCGAAGGACAUUGCAAUUCACAUUUCUCUAAAAAGGGAAAGUCUGUGCAAACUCAGUCGAUGGCAUUUGUUGAUAAGUCGAUGAAGCAGAAGUAUCUGUCUGCAAAUACUGCGGAAGGAACCACCUUGGAGAAUGUUGGCUUAAACAAGGGUUGUGUCUUGGCUGUGGAAAACCAGGACAUUUCCAAAAGGAGUGCCCUACAAACUCUGGAGAACCAUUUCAACCUGCCCCUGUUGUUAGUAAAGCAGCAUCAACACGACCCGCACCAAGCCAACGCUCAACAGCGGGGUCUAAUCUUGCCAAUAAUCAAAACCAGCAACAAGGAGGAGCUCUUGCUCGUACUUAUGCAAUGAAGGCUCGAGCUGAGGAAAACCCUGACGUCAUUCAGGGUAUGUUUUCCUUAUUUGAUAUUGUCAUGCAUGUAUUGAUAGACCAUGGAUCAAUGUUAUCUUAUAUCUCCGUGUCUAUGCCUGAAAAAGCUGACAUAAUGAAAGAACAAUUAAAACAAUCUAUACUAGUGUCAAACCCGUUAAGAAAUAGUAUGAGGUUAA